CUUGAGUCAACUCCAGCGUAUGCAUGACCAGAUUGUUUAAUACACGUAUCUAAAUACGCUUUGCCAGGGCUAUGGUAAAAAAUAUCCCAAUCCGACAUUUAGUAACACUCUUUUGAGACCUACAGUGGGUACCAGGUCGGGUCAGGUCGGGUCGGGUAAUAGGGGAGUGGGUAAGCGGGUAGUAAAUUUGGACUCGUAAUAGUUCCUAAUAUGAAACGCAUUCCACAUUCAAUCACGUAAUUCAUGUAAAUUCAAGAAAAUUUACAAAUUUUAUGUUUGUUUUGAUCUUAACCUCCGUAUGUUUAAAAAUGCCAGGAUAGUUUUAUAUAUUAAUGCAUAUUUUUUAUCAGGAAUAAAUGUGAGAAAUAUUGGUUCAUUCAUCCCAUGUUUAAUGAAGCCUCGACUGUUUGAAAGCACACAAACACACCCUUUUUACAGCGCCUUAUGCUAAAGUUAAUCCAGCAGGCAGGGGUAAGAAGUGUGAAAGCAAUACAGCAGGAUAUAGGUUAAAUAAAAGUAUGAGUCAAAAUAUGUUUCCUUAAAAAAACAUUCCAACAAAGAAAUGUUGUAGCAGAUGAUAUCUUCUUUUCCCGGACAAUAUCACACAUAUUUGUAAAAAAUUUCAGGGACAAUUUUUUGUUGUUGAUAAAAACACAUUAUGUACAUCCGAUUGGUAGGUAGGUACGAAGUUUCUGAAGCUUCUUUUUAACAGACUUCAAUUCUUAAAAUGUUUCCUGAAUUCAAGGCAUGUCUAUAUUUGCAGUUACCCAAUAGGUUCUACUACACCAAAUCAGAACCAGUUUGGACAGUGCGGUUUUCGUAGGGAGCCUUCAGUGUAGAUCGAGAGAUAUCUGCAGGCUGUGAUUGGAGGGUAUUCUGGUUCUUGGACAGCGACCCGCCUUCAUUGGUCAUCUCUGUGUUGUGUAUGAAGACAGUGAAAGAAGCCAACAUCUGGCACCAUUAUCACCAGGCUUCUCAUCUCAUCUUGCCAUUAAAAAACCCAUUAACCACUGAAAUAUGAAAUCUGACCUUAAUGCCAACAAAAUGGAACCAAUCUUUACUCUAUUUCGUCAUGGGUUUACCAUGGAAAUGGGCUUCAUUGAUUAUCCAGGUGAUUAGGUUAAUAUCUCAUUGGAGGGUUGGAUGGAAGGGGUAGUGUUGUCGGUUGUGUCAAGGAGAACUGCACGAUGUGACUCGCAGCUCCUGGAUGAUCUUCCUGGAUAGGGAGUUUGACCACCCAAACAUUCCCACCCUAAACAGAAGCUGUGUCCAUCUGUUCUGCUUACAAGGAAAAGUGAGACAGACAUUAUUUUUAUCUCAAAACACUGAGAAGCCACAGACUCAUUUUAUCCCAUUGGCUACAGUCUGCCUAGGCAGGGAGUACUUUCUUUGUUUGUUGUUUGUUAUUCUAUGACAGCCCUUUUAAAUCAAUGACUGAUAUUAUGAGCAUCAUCAGGGUUGAACAACAUUAAAUCAACCAAGUCACUAAGCCUGAGUAUAUGACCAUGUGACCAAUGUUCCAACCAGCCUAGGUUGCUGGGGACCAAUUCUCAACCAGAAUCCCCACCAGGAGUACAAAACAUCCAAGCAUACACACAAAAAGCAGACCAGCUCUGACUUUCCGGUCUUGCCACAGACUUGCUCUCCUCCCAUUGCAGUCACUAAGAUGGUGUGUGCUGAUUCUGUAGCCCAUGUGCAUGAUGUAGCACAGUUACAUUCUCUUCGGCAAUUACUCAGGGUAUAAUGGAUGACCAGACAUCUUUUGACAUUCUAGACCAUGAGACCACAGAUGCAGGUGACGAGGAGCAUGAAAUCAGCUGGCCAAGUUCUGUAUCCUCUGUUAGUUCAUUGAUUGAUGACCAGACAUGUUCUGAAACUCCAGACUGUGGGAACCCAGAUACAGUUGAAGUGAGAGAUGAAAUCAGUUGGCCAAGUUCUGUGUCCUCUGUUAGUUCAUUGAUUGAUGACCAGAUAUGUUCUGAAACUCCAGACUGUGGGAACCCAGAUACAGUUGAAGUGAGAGAUGAAAUCAGUUGGCCAAGUUCUGUGUCCUCUGUUAGUUCAUUGAUUGAUGACCAGAUAUGUUCUGAAACUCCAGACUGUGGGAACCCAGAUACAGUUGAAGUGAGAGAUGAAAUCAGCUGGCAAAGUUCUGUGUCCUCUGUUAGUUCAUUGAUUGAUGACCAGAUACGUUCUGAAACUCCAGACUGUGGGAACCCAGAUACAGUUGAAGUGAGAAGUGAAAUCAGCUGGCCAAGUUAUGUGUCCUCUGUUAGUUCAUUGAUUGAUGACCAGAUAUGUUCUGAAACUCCAGACUGUGGGAACCCAGAUACAGUUGAAGUGAGAGGUGAAAUCAGUUGGCCAAGUCUUGUAUCCUCUCCAGACUGUGGGAACCCAUUUAAGCCAGGUGAGGAAGGGGAUGGACACGGAAAUGAAAAUCAAAGGAAACCUGCAGAUCCAGAAAGGACAGACCCCAAGACUCUUGCAGAAACAUCUCUAACAGGAUUCACCAGCAGAAGCAGGGAUCCAGACAGAACUCACCCAAAGGGAGUUGUACUUGACAAUAAUUCAGAUAGUGGAAUUGAAGAUAGCAGAGAUGGAGAAUCAAGACAAAACAGAUAUAAUUUGCAGCUGGAUCCAGACAUUACUGUCCCAAAAUUGGUUAUCCAAGUUGAUGAAUUAAAUCAUAAUAUUGCCAUCAGCCGACAUUUGACUUUAAGAAAGAAUUCUUGUGAUGCAGGCUUGACAAAUGUCCCUGGGCGAGGUUCAUCAACAGAAAGCAGCCAGUGUGACCAGAACCCAUUUAAGCCAGGUGAGGAAGGGGAUGGACACGGAAAUGAAAAUCAAAGGAAACCUGCAGAUCCAGAAAGGACAGACCCCAAGACUCUUGCAGAAACAUCUCUAACAGGAUUCACCAGCAGAAGCAGGGAUCCAGACAGAACUCACCCAAAGGGAGUUGUACUUGACAAUAAUUCAGAUAGUGGAAUUGAAGAUAGCAGAGAUGGAGAAUCAAGACAAAACAGAUAUAAUUUGCAGCUGGAUCCAGACAUUACUGUCCCAAAAUUGGUUAUCCAAGUUGAUGAAUUAAAUCAUAAUAUUGCCAUCAGCCGACAUUUGACUUUAAGAAAGGAUUCUUGUGAUGCAGGCUUGACAAAUGUCCCUGGUCUGGAUUCAUCAACAGAGAGCAGCCAGUGUGACCAGAACACAUUUAAGCCAUGUGAGGAAGAGGAUGGACACAGAAAUGAAAAUCAAAGGAAACCUGCAGAUCCAGAAAGGACAGACCCCAAGACUCUUGCAGAAACAUCUCUAACAGGAUUCACCAGCAGAAGCAGGGAUCCAGACAGAACUCACCCAAAGGGAGUUGUACAUGACAAUAAUUCAGAUAGUGGAAUUGAAGAUAGCAGAGAUGGAGAAUCAAGACAAAACAGAUAUAAUUUGCAGCAGGAUCCAGACAAUACUGUCCCAAAAGUGGUAAUUCAAGCUGAUGAAUUGAAUCACAAUAUUGCCACCAGCCAACAUUUGACAUUAAAAAAAGACCCUAAAGUUGCAGAACAAGACCACACUUAUUCUAAGACAAUCAUAUCAGUCAAAGAUUUUGACAGUGGACUUGAAGACAGUUUACAAAGACAACAUGUUUACCUUAACAAUCCAGAUGAAACACAUCCAAAAGUAGUCACUGGUGACUGUGACUCAGAAUCAAUGAGUGAAGUAAAUACAUCUGAAAAGGAAACAAUUGAGCCCCACAGAACUUCAGCCAAACAGGACCAGACAUGGGUUGAUGGCCUAACAACAGAAAAGACCACUGGUUCAUUUAUAUACAAUUACCUUAUUGACCAACCUGUGUCAUAUGGUCUAGAAGCCAACAGAUGCUCUUACAUCAAUACGUUCAAAGGGGAAGACAGAGAAAUAUUAAAACAGAAUGAAAAUUGUUUGCAGGAUCCUGACAAUACCCGUCCAAAAUCAGUUAUACCAGUGCAACACGACAAUGAGAAUUGUCAAUGUUUAAUUCCUGUGUGUACUGAUCCAAAGGAAACAAUUCCUAAGGCAGCCAUACAGGACCUAUUAUCAGAAGGAGAAAGUGAUUCUGAAGAUAUUGCCUGUACAACAGAGUCUCUCUCCCCUGUUUUACCACAACCAGACCCAUCUACAAUCACAUCUGGUCAUUCAGCAACUGAUAGUGGUAUCACCACAUACACUGUCUUAAACAUGACAGACAGAAUAGUGGAAAUGUGUAGCUUACAUAGACAGGCUUAUGAAAGCAGAAAUACAAGAUGCAAUGAUAAGCAUGCACUUGAACAAACUGAGGAUCUUCUUCAGAAUCUGCAGAAAACACUACCAUCCUUAAGCCACAGAUACUUGUCAACAAUGCUGAAAAACCUUGCGCUGAGUGACACAAUAGAAGCAGCACUACCAUCCUCAAGCCUCAGAUACUUGUCAACAAUCUUGAAAAACCUCACGCUGGCUGACACAAUAGAAGCAUUUGAUCUCAGACAACGCAUGCAAUUGCUGACUGAAGCAAUUGGUUCUGAGUUUGGUAGAAACACUGUCCAGGGGUCACACAGAAGAGGGCUGGGUACAGAAGAAGGAAGACCAGAUGUUGCUGAAGACAGCAGGCCUGGUGUUGCGGAAACACCGGUGCCAUCUCGCUCCCAAAAUGAUGAAGGCUACAUUCUGGAUAUGAAGCAAGUUUCUGACCGAGACUCUGCAACCCACAGAAGUUACUUUGAUGAGAAAGAAAAUGAUGUGCAUCUAUUAAAUCCAGACAUCAAAACAGGAUCUCAGGGCAAGUCCUGGUUUGAUGCUGAGAAUGACAUUCCAAGCAUGAAUGAUUUAUCUGGAAAGGCCAAAGAUGUAGCUGAUAAGAGUAAGACUAAAUAUGUUUCUGAAAAACUAUCGCGAGAAACUGAUCCAUCAAAUGUUAUUACUACAGAAGGACCAGACAGCAAGCUUGAUCCUAGUGUUGACUCCAACAAAGGCAGAAUCAGAGAACUAAAACAUCCAUAUGAGUCUGCACCUGCUCAACAACCACACAGCCAAUCGUUAGAGCAAGAAUCAAUUCAAUCACACAACCAAGGUCAAAACACCUCGCCUUUGCCACAAACACAAGGUAGGCCUGAUCUUUCCUUUGGUAAAGAGCUACUGCAGUUAGAUGGUUCUGAUGCAACACUUGGUAGGGAACAAACCGCAGAUGUGCCUGGUCCGCCCCAAGAACAAGACACAGUUUACCAAAGGUACAGUUUACCUGCAAAACUACAAGACUACUACUACGAGAGAUCAACAGCUGAAGAAAUGUCAGAAUCUGAACAAACUGGAGAUGACACACAUCCUCAGCACAGUGAUCAAGAAUUCACACAUCCACAUGGCCAUGACAGUUACCAAAUACCCACAAAACUACAAGAACAUGAUGCUUCAGAAAGGUCUUUGGAUGACAGUUACCAAAUACCCACAAAACUACAAGAACAUGAUGCUUCAGAAAGGUCUUUGGAUGACAGUUACCAAAUACCCACAAAACUACAAGAACAUGAUGCUUCAGAAAGGUCUUUGGAUGACAGUUACCAAAUACCCACAAAACUACAAGAACAUGAUCCUUUAGAAAGGUCUUUGGAUUCUGGUCAUGAAGAAAUCACAGAUAUACCACAAAUACCCUCAGUAAGUGCACCCAUGCCAUACUUCUGGGAAGAUCUCUUCACUAAUCUGACAGACAAAGUCAGUCAACAGCAUGGCUCCUCUCAGUCUACUCAACUUGAUCCUCCUGUACAACCAUCAACUGAAGUUGAAUCUGACCUACCAAGAACAAAUAUGUCUGAACCAGUAAAUUUCAAAGAACUCUUCUCAGGGGUACCUGCCAUAGACCAUGCACAAGAUUCACGUAGGGCCCAAAGUUACCCUGCUGACGUGCCAACGCCUGACAAUCCAUUCUAUAAUGCUGCAGAUCUUUCAGGGCACACUGAUGCCUCUGGACCAGGACCAGGAACAGGUGAUGAUGCAUCAUCGAAGAGCAAAGACUUCAAACAACACCAUAAGGAAGAACUAAAAACAACUAAAAUAAUUUAUAAUGAUCUUGAGAUAUCAGAAGUCAGAGGUACACAAAGAUAUAUUAAUGAAGAACCUCAAGACCGUACACACAGGCAACGAUACAAUGAAGGACUGUCAUGGGACCCAGAAAGACAGGACAUUUUAGACAACAGAUCAGUCUCAGGGUCCAACAGAGACACUACAAGGAACUAUCAAUUUGAAGUUUAUUUAAGGGAUGGAAAGGACUUGAUACAAGAAUCCAAACUAAGAACAUUUGUGAUUCCUGCCUCCAUUGAAGAAGUGUCACAUGGAGGUGAGGAAGAAGGAGGCAAGGAAGAUGAAGAUGAGGGGGACAUCGAGGAGAAGGUGAAACAGAAUGAGGAACUCUAGAGGACAAUUCGGUGUCCUCUUCAAGACACGUUCAUCCUCAUCUCCUCUGACAUUGGUCAUAGCUGCCGUGAGGAUCUGUGAACCGUGACACUGUGAACCAGGAGGAUAUAGUUGAGUCAGUCACAGCUUGUGGAACUGGAGACACCAGGUGUCUCAAACUUAUUGAAUACCUUGGGUGAGUGAACAACAUGGUGCUCAAACAAUCUGGCCAUAAAUGCUUGGACUUCCAAACAGACUCUCAAAAAUCAACUUAUAGAGGCUGCUUACCCUGUCUUAGAAAUCUUAUUUCAUUUAUUGAUGUGAACAUUGGCUAUCGCAAUCCUUCCUCCUUAUAUUCAUUCGAUUCAGACAUGGUAGAGAUACAAACAAUAUUUUAUGACUAUAUUUUAGAUAACAACCUGACUCCAGCAAUAUCCCAGUGGCUGGGGGGAGACACCAGAAAUGGGCUUCACACAUUGUACUCAUGUGGGGAAUCGAACCUGUGUCUUUGGCGUGACGAGUGAACGCUUUAACCACAGGGUACCCUAUCGCACUUGAAGUCUUUAAGUUGUCACAAUACAUCAAAGUACUGAUGUAUUGAAAAAUAAGGUGUCACAAUAUGUUCUGCAGUACUUUUCACAUGUAUUAAUAUUUGGCAAUACUUCUACAGCUAAUUAUAUAUCUUCUAUGUCUUAAUGAAAAAACUUCAUUUGUUCCAGGGUAGAACUUGUCCCCAGCAAUCCAUGCGUGUCAUAAGAGGCGGCCCAACAGAUCAGGUGGUCAGGCUCGCUGACUUGGUUGAUUGAAUGUCAUCGUACCCCAUCAGUGUGGAUUGAUGCUCGUGAUGUCAAUCACUGGAUUGUCUGGUCCAGACUUCAUUAGUACAGGUGGCUGUCAUAUAGCUGGAAUAUUGCUGAGUGUGACGUUAAUCAACUAACACACACACAAACACACUGUUAUUUCACUUGUGUGAGAUAUCAACAACAAAACUUCUGAUGAAUAAUCAGUAAAAUUUCAUAAAUAUAUAUAUACAGAGGUAUCUCUCAAAACUGGACGGUCAUCACAGGACCACAAUUUUAGUACCAAAAGCUUAUACAUUCAGUAAAGCAUUACUUGGAAUUGUUUUGAAGCCAUAUUUGAUUUAAAUGAUUGUAAUGAGCAAAUGAUACUGAUAUUGUGGACAAAUAUUUUUUUAACAUUUGACAUUUUUUGAAGAUUAAGUCAUUUUGGCGGCCAUCUUGGAUUCAGUAAAAUUUCAUAAAUAUAUAUAUACAGAGGUAUCUCUCAAAACUGGACGGUCAUCACAGGACCACAAUCAAGGUCCCAAAUUUACUACAUUAAUUAGGAGAUAAACAUACUGUGCUAUCAAUUAGAUUUAACCGCACUAAACUGAAUUUGGCAUAGAGCAUGCAGCAUGAGAUUUCAAAUAUUAAUUUAACAUGGUCGGAAUCAAAAUAGCGCUGUAUAUGCUCAAUCAGUUUGUUGACACUGUAAUACUUCACUCGAACAUAUGACAGGUAUUGAAAGCAUAUAAGCAUGGCACCUUGGUAAGCUACCAAGUUGCCAUGCUUAUGUGAUUUCAAUGCCUGUCAUAUGUUCGAGUGAAGUAUUAUGUUGUAAACAACAGAUUGAGAAUAUAGAGCACCAUAUUUUGUUUGAAGACUGUUGUCAGUGAUUCCCUACUUCAGAUCAACAGCCCACUCAAAACACUGGACUCAACCCAGGCCGCUUCACUCAAUAUAUUUGCAAACACCAAAGAGUUCAUGUUAUAUUUAGUCAGGGUAGAAGGGAGAAAAACAUAGUGUUUUCAAAGUAGAGCCAGGUUACCUGUAGAUUUAACUGCGCUAAAUUCAACAUUUGAAACCUCAAGCUAAGCGUUCUGUUCCAAAUUCAUUUUAGCGCGGUUAAAUCUACAGGCAACCUAGCAGUACUUUGAAAACACUGUAUGUUUAUCUCCUGAUUGACUGUUUUCUGAUGUUGAUGUUUCGAAUUGUAUAUACAAUCUCAUUAAAAUCAGAUAUUAGUUCUCACUACAAGAUCUGAGGACAUCCCAUUACAGGUCAUGUCAGAACGACCUUCAGUGAACUUUGACCAACCAAUGAAAUGACUAACAAAAAGUCAACAUUAGCCAAUCAGAAAGCAGCUUUCUUGAGCAAUAUAGAACUAGUUUCAAACUGUCGAAUCCCCUUCUAGACUAUGCUUGAUAUAAACUUUGACACAGAUCUCUAUUUAAAAUUUGAAAACCAUACAAAAGAAUAUUUUGGAAUGUCAAACAGGUAGCAAGGCUUGUAUGGCAGUAUUUCCCACGGUCUAUGCUUUCAUUCAAAUGUUUAUCCCACACAACGACCGUCAGUCGGUGAUUUUGAAAACAAUCAGUUGUAAAGCCCUUAGCUGUCAUACAGAACACCCAGUGUUAACCUUUUUGAGGUUGCAUGAUCUAAACACAUUUCAACUGUCGCUUUCCGGAUCUGGUAAGGGACACUCUGAUUGGUCAGACAAAAAGUCAUUCUGACGAGACCCGUAAUGGGAUGUCCUCAGAUCUUUUAUUAGCGGUAGCGAGAACUAAGAUCUGAUUAUAAUGAGACAAUCUAAUGCUUCAGUUCCAUGUAAAUAAAUUUGUACACAUUGUUCAA